AUGUCGGACGCGGAGAGAUUCGCCACUCUGCUGGAAGGAUACGCGGGAGUCUACUAUGGCUCGAAUAUCAUAUCCACUCUAGUGACUGGGAUCCAGUUAUUCAUGUGCAUCUUUGGGCUAUCCACUUUCCUCGAAACACCAAGGGAUCUCAGGAAGGGUAGACUCCCUUACAUCCUGAUUAGCUGGGCCAUCUUUAUCCUCUCCGUCAUCCCAGUCGGCUACGACCUCUCCUACCAAUUCACGGCCCUAUACCACUCCACCAAUGGGCAGGAGUAUGUCGACCUCCUUCACAAUGGAAUCACUUCCAAUGUACAAAUCGCCACGACAUCUCUCACAUUCUGCUUCAUCGCUCUGGCUGAUGGUCUUCUGUUGUACAGAUGCUACAUCAUCUGGAAAGACCGUCCCUGGGUGCUCUUUUUCCCCGUCUUGAUGUACCCUGCAGUCAUCGCCAUGUUGAUCUAUAACGUCACUCUAAUUCCAGGAUUGCGCGAGAAAACGACCGCAGAGAUCGAGGCGGAUACUAGGUCCAGCGUUGCCGCUGUAUCCCUCACAGUCGGCUUGAACGCUAUAACCACGUCCUUGAUUAUCUUUAGGCUCCUGCGCGCUCAGCGAUCGUUAUCCCAAGUGAUUCCAGGCCGGAGCCUAAGGAUAUACAAGGGCGCCGUAAGUGUCCUUGUCGAAUCAGCACUUCCAUUGACAGUCUGCGGGAUCAUCUCCUGCAUUGUCAACUCUAUCAAUGGCUUAGGGAACGCUGCGGAUCCAUCAUGGACGCUAAGGUACAUUGGGAUAACGUUUGACAGGCUGUACGUUUGCUUUGCGGCGCUCUCCCCGCAAAUGAUCAUCUUCCGCGUUACGACGGGUCGAUCGUUCGUCAGACAUGGCGAGACGACGGCGACACGCCCAGCAAGGACAAAGCUGGGACCCCUUGAAUUCCAUGGCACAGAUUACGACACCUUUGCCGAUGAGUCGCGCAUCGAGAGGGGCGCGAUUGAGACUUCGGAAUUGGGGACGAACAGAGAUUUUCCGUCGACAACGGCUACCUUCCGUGAAGAAAACGUUUCUAAGGGCUAG